AUGACUGAUUCAGCUACUGACAAAUCCACUCUUGAUAAAUAUGAACAGCAUUACUUUUCAUCUUACGAUCAUUUUGGUAUUCAUGAAGAGAUGUUGAAGGAUACAUCACGUACAUUGAGUUAUAGAAAUGCCAUGUACAGAAAUAAAGAUGCAUUUAAAAACAAGAUAGUUCUUGAUGUUGGUUGUGGUACUGGUAUACUUUCCAUGUUCGCAGUGAAAGCUGGUGCCAAGCAUGUGUAUUCAGUGGACAUGUCAUCAAUCAUCGGCAAGGCGAGAGAAAUUGUUGAAUUGAAUGGAUUCAGUGAUAGAAUUACAUUGUUGCAAGGUAAAUUAGAGGAUAUUAAAUUACCAGUUGACUCAGUUGACAUUAUAAUAUCCGAGUGGAUGGGUUACUUUUUACUUUAUGAGUCCAUGUUGGAUACUGUGUUGUACGCCAGAGAUAAAUAUCUUGUCAAGGGUGGUUUAAUAUUACCAGAUAAAUGUCAGAUGUAUAUUGCUGGUAUUGAAGAUGGUCAAUAUAAAGAAGAAAAAAUUCACUACUGGGAGGAUGUAUAUGGGUUUGACUACUCGCCAUUUAUCAAAACAGCCAUGGAAGAACCAUUGGUUGAUACUGUGAACAAACAGGCAUUGGUGACAAACAGCUUCAAGUUUUUUGAAUUCGACAUCAACACAGUGAAGAAGGAGGAGCUCUCAUUCAAGAGAAAGUUUGAAUUGCUUGCCACUGAAGAUGAGAUGUGUCAUGCAUACAUUGUUUACUGGGAUGCCAUCUUUCCAGGAAAAGAAAGAGUCACUUUGCCAACAGGACCAAUGCACCAGUAUACUCAUUGGAAACAAACUGUUUUUUAUAUGGACCAGGUAUUAGAUUUGAAACAAGGUGAUCUCAUUUAUGGUGAAAUUUUCGCUCGACCAAGUACUGUUAAUCCAAGAGAGUACGACAUUGAUCUCAAGUGGGAUUUGCAAACCGAAAGCAAUGACGUUAGUAGGAACCAAAAAGGAGAGUACAAAUAUUUUCUUCGUUAG